UCAUACAGAGUAGCCUACAUUAUAUGAGAAGGUUGGGAGAGUCUUCUAGAUCUUGGAUGAUCGUGGACUCAUACUGCCUUAAAUAGAUCAAAUGGUGAAAUAAAACGUUCACAAAUAUACACUUAAGACCCAAAUACCUUUUUUUUUCUUAAAGCUUAUUUUGAUAUAAAUUUCCUUGGCUCCUCGGUAUCUGCAGACCGGUACAAGAAAUGCUUAUUUUUAAUUCUCUGAAUAUCUAAUUUUACACAAAUAGGCCACCUCUAAAUGGCACGCAGAGUGUAUCACGACUUGGUGGAGACGCGCUGUUACGCAAAACCUUCAAAAAAAAAAAAAGAAAGAAAAAAAAAAGAAGCCACCUCUUCGGCCUCAGAAAGCAAAAUACGGAAGAGGAGAGGCUUCGCUUGUGCUUAAUACAUUGCCAGGCAUUAUGGUGUUGAUGCAGGCUGCACGGUAUGCGGACAAACAAAAGCACAUAAUGCACACUGAAAGCGCAUUAAUAGUUCCGCCUCGGGGCUGUUUAAACAGGAGUUUGGUGGCGACCAGUCAGCCAGCGGUAGGUCACAUGUUGCAGCGUCAUUGUGUAGUAAAGUUACUGUAGUUGCAAAGAGGCUCCUCAUUUCAGCUCCAGAGGUCUCUCAUCCCGUGGUGCUGCUGCUGUGGCGUUUUCAGCAUGCGACAACUUCAGUUUCAGACAAUCUCCAAAGGAGCCGUGCAGCCAUGGGAGUGCAUUACCUCAUCCAUGCAAUUUCCACCAUCAAUAAUUUAAUCUAUUUGCUCCAAAGCUGAAGAGAUAUCCUGAAGCUUUUCCGGAGGGUACAGAGAGGGAAAAAAAUCGCUUGAGUAAAUUACUGGAGUUGUCCAAAACAUCCCAGAUGACACCACUGUCCUGUUGAAUGGUCUGUUUUACGACUGGGCAGUAAAAGUUCCACCAGGUUAGAAGAGUGAUGACCAUCCUGUUCCUUACUAUGGUUAUUUCAUACUUCAGUUGCAUGAGAGCUGCGCCCCUGAGAGACGCCCCGGGCAUGCGGGGCCAUCGGACGGAAGGCUACUUGGGCGCUGCUGCGACGGCCGCACGAGGCCAUGGGACUCCACAGAGUGGUGGUGGGCCAGGCCAGCGCGGGGAACUGCCCUCACUCACAGACACGUUUGAGCAGGUGAUAGAGGAGCUGCUGGAGGUGGAGGGAGAGGCGGCACAGCUGGGACAGGGGGCUGAUAAGAGCCAGGGAGGUGGGGGCCCGUCCUCUGUGGUCACCACGGAGACCAAGGAUGUCGACCUGUACGACUCGCGGGUGAUGAUCAGCAACCAAGUGCCUUUGGAGCCGCCCUUGCUCUUUCUUCUGGAGGAAUACAAAAACUAUCUGGAUGCCGCUAAUAUGUCCAUGAGGGUGCGGCGACACUCCGAUCCCUCGCGGCGUGGAGAGCUCAGUGUGUGUGACAGUAUUAGCCAGUGGGUGACAGCUGUGGAUAAAAAGACGGCAAUAGACAUGUCUGGGCAGACAGUUACCGUCAUGGAAAAGGUCCCUGUCCCCAAUGGCCAACUGAAGCAAUACUUUUAUGAGACCAAAUGCAACCCCAUGGGGUACACAAAGGAAGGCUGCAGAGGAAUAGACAAGCGGCAUUAUAAUUCCCAAUGCAGGACAACCCAGUCCUACGUGCGAGCGCUUACCAUGGAUAGCAAAAAGAAGAUUGGCUGGCGGUUUAUAAGGAUAGACACUUCAUGUGUAUGCACAUUGACCAUUAAAAGAGGGAGAUAGUGUAUAAAAUGUAUAGAUUUUAUUGAAGAGUUUAAAAAAGAGAAUAAAGAGAAAAUAUCUAUUUGUAUAUAUACAUAACAGGGUAAAUUAUUCCGUCAAAUGAAAAUUUUAUGGACUGCAUGUAAAAAAAGAUGAAGUUUAUACAGUAAAAGUGAUACUACAGUCUAUUUAUUGAACAUAUUCAUGACCUUGUAAACAAUUAAAAAAAAUCUGAUCAGUCAUUUGCGCCCAGUUUAAAUUACUAUAUCACAUUCCUCAAGACAUUGUGAUUUGUUUACGUUGCCAAGAAUUACAAAAUGAAGGAAAAAAAACAGGCAAGGAAUGAGAGAGGACAGUUCCAUCUUCAAAAGCUUGCAUGCUGCUUCAAUUGUGAAUUGAGAAAUUCUCCACUUACAAAAAAGGAUAUGAUGCUGACCAAAAAACAUUCCGUUUACAUAUUCAGCAGAAAACAAUUUUCCUCUCAAGUAAUUUAUCUGUUUACUGUUCUAAACUUCUCAAGGUAAUGUUGAAAUUACAUACUAUGUCAAGGUGCUGUUGUCAAAGCUUUGCUGUUUAUUUUUUUAUCCCCACCAGAGGACGAGAUAUAUAUAAAAAGAUUUAUCAUAUAUAUAUAUACACAUAUAUAUAUAUGUGUAUAUAUAUAUAUAUAUAUAUAUAUAUAUAUACACAUAUAUAUAUACAUAGAAAAUUUAUUCAUUGACAUGUUUCUGGGUUAAUAUUAUUCAUUUUGUAUGUUGUGAAGUUGUUUGCAAUAUUAAACUGAAAUAUUUGAAGAAAUAAAAAUGACUAUAGGCAACUGAAA